AUGGAUGGUUACUUUAUGAGAAUUUGGGGAGAUUUAGGGAUUGAUAAAGUUGCACAAUUGAAUAGAGGAGUAUUUCUGGUGAGAUUUCAUAGUGCAGAAAGUAGAAGUAAAGUAGUGGAAGAAGGUGUUCAAAUGUUUGAUAGGAAGCCAGCCAUUGUGAAACCAUGGAAGCCAGAUAUGGAGAUAACAAAGGAACAAAUGGAGAAGAUUCCAAUUUGGGUGAGAUUUACAGGCUUAGACAUCAAGUACUGGGGGAAAGUGGCCCUAACAAAGAUAGCUGGGUUAAUUGGUAAACCUCUAAAGGCAGAUACUGCUACUACUAAAACGGAGAGGCUAAUGUAUGCAAGAGUGCUAGUAGAGGUAAAAUUGAAUCAACAGUAUCCAAUAAGUAUAAAAUUUGAAAAUGAGGUGGGCAAAAUAGUAGAGCAGGAUGGCAUUAUGAGUGGAAACCUGUACUGUGUGAGAAGUGUAAGAAUUAUGGUCAUGAAAUUGUGGAAUGCAGAAAGUAUAUACAGGAAGAAAAAGAGAAGACUGAACAACAACAAGUGA